CAGGACUGAUCACACGUCGGAAGUUUGAGGAAAGGGGAGGACAAGUUAUAAACUUUAACUUCGAAUAUCAGGGGCGACAUCGCACAAUGAAAACUGCCAUUUAUUUCUAACGGAAAUCCUUCAUGUUCUCUUUCUCGAAACAUUGAUUGCGUUAGCUACUGUGCAAGUUAGGGGCACUGAACUUCUUUAGUUCACAAUGGGGCUACCUACAUUGGAGUUCAGCGAUUCUUUUCUGGAUAGCCCUGAUUUCAGAGAACGUCUGAAAUGCCACGAAAUAGAGUUGGACCGGACAAAUAAAUUCAUCAAAGAACUUAUAAAAGACGGAAACACGUUAAUCACAGCGCUGAAAAACUUCUCUGCAGCUGUCCAGAAGUUUUCCCAGUCCUUGCAGGAGUUCCAGUUUGAGUGCAUCGGCGAUGCAGAGACAGACGACGAGGUUAACAUAGCCCAGUCGUUCAAAGAAUUUUCCCAACUGUUGAACACAGUUGAAGAAGAGAGGAAACGCUUGAUACAGAAUGCAGAUGAUGUUUUAAUCACGCCAUUGGAAAAAUUCCGGAAGGAACAGAUUGGCGCUGCAAAAGAGGGAAAGAAGAAAUUCGACAAGGAAACAGAGAAAUACUAUUCCAUCCUGGAGAAGCACCUCACCUUAUCCUCUAAAAAGAAGGAGACAUUCCUACAAGAGGCUGACACACAGAUUGACAAAGAAAAACACGCCUUUUAUGACGCAUCUCUUGAGUAUGUUUUCAAAAUCCAAGAGGUGCAAGAAAAGAAGAAAUUUGAAUUUGUUGAACCCCUUCUGGCCUUCUUGCAGGGCCUGUUCACUUUCUACCAUGAAGGGUAUGAGCUUGCACAUGAGUUUGAGCCCUACAAGCAGCAGCUUCAGUUCAACCUGCAGAAUACAAGGAACAACUUUGUGAGCACCAAGCAGGAAGUGGAGAAGCUGAUGAAGAGAAUCAGGUCUGCAGACGAGGACUAUAAACCCCCAGGCCAGUGGACCAUGGAGGGCUUCCUCUAUGUUCAGGAGAAACGGCCUCUAGGGUGUACAUGGACACGACACUACUGCACAUACGAAAAAGGAAGCAAUACCUUCACCAUGAGCAAUACUGACAAUAAGUCUGCUGGAAAGCAGAAUGGUCUAGUGCUGAGCCCAGCUGAGAUGUUUAAGUUGAAGUCCUGUAUCCGAAGGAAGACUGACUCCAUUGACAAGAGAUUCUGCUUUGACGUUGAAGUGGUUGAGAGAAAUGACAUCUAUCAUGGAACUCUUUUCAGACCACUUCGGUUUUUCUGUAAAGUCCGACAUGGCAUCGUCACACUGCAGGCUCUCUCAGAGUCCAACAGAAGGCUGUGGCUGGAGGCCAUGGAUGGCAAGGAGCCGAUUUACAAUCUUCCAACUAUACUGAGCAAGAAGGAAGAAACAUUUCUGAACGAGGCGGGCUUUAAUUUUGUGAGGAAAUGCAUCGACUUAGUGGAAAUGAGAGGCAUCAACACCAUGGGACUGUACAGAAUUGGAGGGGUCAAUUCCAAGGUUCAAAAGCUUAUGACCACUGUCUUUGCCCCUAAAGCCCCAGUGGAUAAGGAUCUGGACCCAGAUACAUGGGAUAACAAAACCAUCACCAGUGGUCUCAAGAAUUACCUCAGGUGCCUCUCUGAGCCUCUUAUGACGUUCAAGCUUCACAAAGAUUUCCUCCUGGCUGUCAAGUCAGAUGACCAGAACUACAGGGUGUGUGCUGUCCAUGCCUUGGUUCACAAGCUCCCUGAGAGGAACAAGGAUAUGCUGGAGAUACUGAUUAAACACCUGGUCACAGUUUCCACCCAGAGCCAGUUUAACCUAAUGACAGUGUCCAACCUAGGUGUGAUAUUUGGACCCACACUUAUGCGUUCUCAGGAAGAGACUGUGGCAGCCAUGAUGAACAUCAAAUUCCAGAACAUUGUGGUUGAAAUACUAAUCGAGAACUUUGACAAGAUUUUCCACCAAGCCCCUGACCCCAAUGUGCCUCUCCCAGUGCCGCAGUCCCGACCUGGCUCCCGCAGAAGCAGGGCCAUCUGCCUGUCCACAGGCCCCAGAAAGCCCCGCAGUAUUUACACGCCAACCCUCUGCCUAGCAGACGCAGACAGCCCAUGUACAGGUGACACAUUCAGCAGCAGUCCGGGCAGCACUCCCAUGGGCAGCAUGGAAUCUCUAUCCUCCCACUCUUCUGAGCAGAACAGCUCCUCAAAGACAGGCUCCUCCUGCCAGGGAAAGGACAGGCUCUUUUCAGGACUGCACCGUGCCGCUUCCCAGCUCUCCUGCAAUGGGCCCACGGUCCUUCCCUGCGUCAGCAGUCCAGAUUCCAGCUCCAGAGAGGACACUGGCAGAACAGAUGGGGAGUCAGAGGAUGUUCGGAGUCUGUCUUCACUUAUCAAUGCAGCUAAGACCUCUGUACCCCAAAAAGCCCCUCACUGCCAUACGGGACUUGGAGCCCAGCUGACCCGCUCCACAGCCCCCUCUCUCAGAUCACUGCAUACCUCUGAAGGCACCAGGAGCUGCUUCAGUUCAGUCCAAAAUCUGUCACUGGUGAUGCACGACAAACCUACAGACCACCCCCACCUCCCACCCAAGCAACUAGUGACCAGGCGGAGAAUAGACACCUCUGCUACCAAUGGCUACCAGCGGCCCGGAUCUGUGGUCGCUGCAAGAGCACUGUUGUUUGAAAAUGCCACACCAUCACCGCAACUGCCAAUUGGAAGAGAUGCCAAAGCAAGAUACUCAUGUGAGGCAGAACACAGCCAUGAACUCAGUUUCCCACAGGGGGCACUGUUCUCAAAUGUGUAUUCCUCUGUUGAACCAGGCUGGCUUCAAGCAACAUAUGAGGGGAAGACAGGCCUAAUUCCAGAGAAUUAUGUGGUCUUUCUCUAACAAAAUUAUAGAGGGAAAAAAGAGCGUAAUUCAUGGUAUCCAUGGUAACAAGAAUAUUAAAUGUGAUUGAAAAAUUUAACAUUCAGCUUUUGCAUAGCCUAUAGGAAGAACGAUUCCGUCAUAUCCUUCGAUUGUGUGAUUUGGGUUUUCAGUGCUAAAAGUAUGCACGUUUUUUUUUGCGAUAUAUUUUGAUCCUGAUUACACUUGUGAAAUAUGUUCUAGUGUAUUAGAAAAUAAUCAAUACAGUUUCUUCAAGCUUUAUUUAUACACAAAAUAUAUGUACUUCAGAAGAUCAUUUGAACAUUCCAUGUCAUAGUCCUACAUGGUUGAAAUACCCAUAUACUUUUGGCGGGAGUUUCCACUAUUAAUCCAUGAUAUCACUGCAGGUAUUCCAACAGCAUAGAAAUGCAUCAAAAUGCUACAUGAAUCAGUAUGUGCAUCAGGCAUAACUAAGGCAUAACUUACAUAAUUUUGUCAAAGACUCUAGAAGUUUGCUAAGAUGUUCCACCGCAGUCCUCAUCUUAAUGACAAUUGUUCCAAAAACUGUAAAAAGUAAAGUGUUUUCUGAUAUUAUUUAAUAGAUCCUUUCGUUAGUUGGCACACAUAAUGUUCUUACAUAUUUUUUCAAUAUGACGUCUUCAAAUUUUAUGAUACAAGAUAGCUAACAUUUUAUCUACGAAUUUAGCUUUCUGUUGAUGUUACCAUGGUUACAGUCUUUGAAUAUUUCUGAAUACCUAAUGCAACUCUACUGUUGAGUUAAUGGAGUGAACUCCUGAUUUUCAUCCAAUAUUUUGUUAUUAUGUUCAUCAGUGUUAUAAAAAAAUCACAAGAUUAUAAUAGUCCAUUCACUGUAAAUAGCUUUACGUGAUUCUUUCAGAAGGACUAUUGUGUCUACAAUUGACACAACACUCUCACAGUAUUGUCUUCAUCACUCCUUUACUUUUGGGCAGCUACAUGGUACUAUUCUUCUGAGUUUGUAGUUGACUCAAAAACGUUAUUACCUUUCACAGAUCAUUGUAGUAGAUGAACACAGUAUGUAGUUUUAUCUUGAUGGUUGAUUAAGAGUAAGAGAAAGCUUUAACUGUUGUAAUACUCUCUAGUACGAUGGUGUACUAGCAAUGACAACAAUUAUUUUAAACAAGAUAAACAUGUCUGAUUCAGAUUUUCAUAUUAAAGAUUGUAUUAUAAAGGUGAUGUUAAUUUGUGUUUUCACAUUAUGCUUUUAAAUGUAAAUCAAGGCUUGAA